CAGAGAUAUGGGACAGCAGCUGCCCUGAUCCGCCCAGCCUCCUUCUCUAGUUCUCACUCACUCUCUCUCUUUCUUUCUCUUUCAUUCCUGUCUUUCUUCCUCUAGCAGUCCUCUUUCCCCCACAAACCCCUAAACACUUCUGAUCUCCUCCACAAUGGCUGACAAACAGGGAAACGUCAAGAGAAAGGAGAGCACCAAGAAAAAGGAGAGCUCAAAGCCACAGGAGAAGGCCAAAGCAAAGGAGAGCUCAAAGCCACAGGAGAAGGCCAAAGCAAAGGAGAGCUCAAAGCCACAGGAGAAUGCCAAAGCAAAGGAGAGCUCAAAGCCACAGGAGAAUGCCAAGCCAGAGGAGAAUACCAAGCCACUGGAAAAUGCCAAGCCAGAGGAAAACUCCAAGGGUCCUGAGGACCCGGAGAACCCUGAAGACAAGGUGGAAUUAAUGGAGCUGCCUCCCUUCGAAGUCAUUACAGGGGAUCGCAUCUCGUCCUUUUAUUUCAAAUUCCAGUUCAGAAACGUGGAGUACUCAUCCGGCCGCAACAAAACGUUCCUGUGCUACUCGGUGGAUAUCCAGGGGGGCGGCGAUGUGGAGACCCUUCGGGGCUACCUGGAGGAUGAGCACAUCAUUGCUCCGCACGCGGAGGAGGCCUUCUUCACCCUCCUCCUGCCCGAGUGCAACCCUGAGCUGCGCUACCACGUCACCUGGUACGUGUCCUCCAGCCCCUGCGUGGCCUGCGCUGCCAAGAUUGCAGAGGUGCUGCGCAGCCGCAAGGGCAUGCGGCUCACCAUCAUGGUGGCACGCCUCUUCAUGUGGGAGGAGCCGGAGAUCCAGGAAGGCCUGAGGCAGCUGAGAGCCGCCGGCUGCAAGCUGAAGAUCAUGAAGCCGGCCGACUUCAUCUACACCUGGGAUACCUACGUGGAGCCCGAGGGACAGACGUUCACUCCCUGGGUGGACGCGCAGGAGAACUACGAGUACUACGAAGAGAAGCUGUCCGAGAUACUGCAGUGACAGCAGAGGAUUGGAAUGCUGUCUGUCAUCGUAACAUGAGUCUGGGCUACCUGACAUCUGACCUCUUCUCUUACUGGUUACACAGCGUCCUACAGCUGUGGACUUCUGUUCAAACCUCCACUGGCUCAUCCACGACCUUGGCCAACAAUGCACUCAUGUUCUUAUUCCGUUUUGAAGAGUGAUUUGCAAUGAAGUGCAGAUUUUCCUUCUAGUAUUCUGUUGCACCCAGUGUGUAAACUAACAAUCCUUCAUUUUACAUGCCCGAUGCAUCUUUUUUUUCUUGUUGUGCCCCAUAAAGUUUUUAUUAUAUAUUUUUUAUGUAUUUUAUGUCAUCAGCAUAACCAACGCAGUCCUCUUUUUAUUUUAGUCUGUUUCCUGAGCUCUAACAGAACAGUGGAUGACAUGUAUAACCUCCCACUGCUGCAGGGGAGGCAGGAUUUGAACGCUUCGGCUUCCAAAAUAAAGUAGACAGCAGGUUUAUAAAGUUAACUGUAAUGGGAAAAGAAAAUCUCAUUACUCAUGAAGCUGAGCACACAGGUGGUUUAACUAUGAAGAGAACAGGACAUGAGGCCAAAGAAUCAUAUCUUCUGAUAACCCUGCACAUGAUUGUGGUACAGCUGUACAGCUAUGGCCAAAAGCUUUCCAUCACCCUAUACAAUUAACUCAUUUUGCUUCAUAAAGUCAAAUGAAACCUGCUGAAUAAUGUUACAUUAACAUACUGAAUUGCAUACUGCUUUGUAGUUUUCCUUAUAUAUAUAUAUAUAUAUAUAUAUAUAUAUA